UGAAGAAACUACUGUUUUGGCAACAUGGAAUAAAGGUUUUAAUCUGACAAAUGAGGUAACAGUACUGGCACAUUGUGGUUACCUACUUGGUUCGUGACUUGUUACUGAACUGCAGGAAGCCUGAGGCGUCGACCAUGCUGCGCCGGGUACACUCCCGCUGCCCCCAUGUCUGGGGCUACCUGGGGGUGCAGGCACAGCGUGCGGGCCUUCUGCUGGUGCACAGGCAGCCGCCAGCCCUGACGCGCCCCGAGAGCAAGUACCACAUGCUCGCCAGGCACAGGCAGCAGUGGCUCCUCGUGUCCCCGGUGACGGCCGCGCCGGCCGGCACGCGCGGCGUCGGUAUGCUGGUGGCGCGGAUUGUGCGCGGCUUACUUAAGAUCCGCUAUCUGCUGAUCGGGGGCACACUGGCCGGUGGCUACUCCAUACAAAAGUCGUACGAGGAUUUCAAGAAGGGCCUGCCGGACGUUGGCUGGCUGCACGGCAUUCUGCCCUCCACGGAGGCGGUCGACGCUUUCCGCGGAAACAUGAUCAAGUUCAAGGACAAGUUCCGCGACUCUUUCUCAGCGUUCGAGUUCGAUGCCAAAACCAAGGAGCUGUACGGCGACAAAAUGGGCGAGUUCCGCGAGUGGUUUCAGCAGCGACUCGACGACGCCAUCAAAGCCUCAGAGGCGGGCCGCGCGCCCGGAGACCCAGGUUUGCUUUUGCUUGGCCCGGGACAUUUCCAAGCAGAGCCCGGUGACGACUCCUCGGCACUGGGGGCGGCGCCGGCCGUGGCGCUGGCGUUCACACGACCCCAGUCGACGGCCGAGGACACCGACAAGACCAAACAGGAGAACGAGGCGCUGCGCCAGAAGCUGGACGCCCUGCAGAGGGAGCUGGCAGAGGUGCAGCUCAAGUACCAGCGCGAGCUGGAGCGCGUCGAGCGCGACAACAAGGAGCUCAGGAAGCGACUGCUGCUGCGGGCCACCGAGACGGUGGCGCACCGCAAGAUCAAGAAGUCGCUGAUCGACAUGUACAGCGAGGUGCUGGACGAGCUCAGUGACUACGACUCGUCCUACAGCACAGCCGACCACCUGCCACGCGUCGUAGUCGUCGGCGACCAGAGCUCCGGCAAAACAUCCGUCCUCGAGAUGAUCGCCAGGGCGCGCAUCUUCCCACGCGGUGCCGGCGAGAUGAUGACCCGUGCGCCGGUCAAGGUGACUCUGUCGGAGGGUCCCUACCACAUCGCCCAGUUCAAGGAUUCGAGCCGCGAGUUCGACCUGGGCAGUGAGGCAGACCUGAAGGAGCUAAGGAAGGAGGUGGAGCUGCGGAUGCUGAACUCGGUGCGCGGCGGUAAGACGGUCAGCCAGGAGGUGAUAUCGAUGACUGUGCGCGGCCCCGGCCUGCCGCGCAUGGUGCUGGUCGACCUGCCGGGCGUCAUCAGCACCGAGACCGUGGAGAUGGCGGCCGACACGCGGCGCGCCAUCAGCACCAUGUCCGAGAGCCACAUGGCCAACCCCAACGCCAUCAUCCUCUGUAUUCAGGACGGCAGCAUCGAUGCCGAGCGCAGCAACGUCACCGAGCUGGUGUCCCGCAUGGACCCGACGGGGAAGCGGACCAUUUUCGUGCUGACCAAGGUGGACCUGGCGGAGGAGAACCUCGCCAACCCGGACAGGAUCCGCAAGAUUCUCUCGGGAAAGCUGUUCCCGAUGAAGGCACUCGGCUACUUCGCGGUCGUUACGGGCCGGGGCAACAAGGACGACAGCAUCGACGAGAUCCGCAACUACGAAGAGCAGUUCUUCCAGAAGUCCAAACUGUUCCGGUCGGGCGUGAUGAGCUCUGCCCAGUGCACCACCCGUAACCUGAGUCUGGCCGUGUCCGACCGGUUCUGGAAGAUGGUCCGCGAGACGGUCGAGCAGCAGGCGGACGCCUUCAAGGCCACCCGCUUCAACCUGGAGACAGAGUGGAAAAACAACUUCCCCGGCCAGCGGGAGCUGGACCGUGACGAGCUAUUUGAGAAGGCCCGCGGAGAGGUACUCGACGAGGUGGUCAACCUCUCCAUGGUGUCGCCCAAACAGUGGGAGGAGGCGCUCAACAGGAAACUCUGGGAAAAAAUGGCCACAUACGUGUUCGAGAAAGUUUACCUGCCGGCGGCCCAAAGCGGCAGCGCAGGCACCUUCAACACCACUGUGGACAUCAAGCUGAAGCAGUGGGCGGACGACAGUCUGCCGCGCCGCUGCGUGCAGAUUGGCUGGGAGACCCUCGAGGAGGAGUUCAAGUACGUGUGCACCAUGCCGCCGGCCAUACAGGAUGCUAAGAUCCACUGGGUCAUGCGUAGAGCGAAGUUCAUGUCUCGCUCGGAGCGGCGCAAGGACCACGAGCCGCUGUUUGACCCGGUGAAGCACGCGGCGGUGGAGGAGGCGCUGCGCGACCACGACUGGGAGCAGCGCGCCGUCGAGCAGCUGCGCGUCAUCCAGCUGAACACACUCGAGGACCGGGCCGUGCACGACAAGCGCCAGUGGGACGCGGCCGUGGCAUUCCUCGAGCAGAGCAUCAAAGACAAAAUGCAGACUACGGACGAGAUGCUGGCGGAGAUGGCGGGGCCCGGCCUCUGGGAGAGGUGGCUGCACUGGCGCUCGGCCACACCGGAGCACCGGCGGCGCGCCGCCGUCCGCGCAGAGCUCGAGAGGACGCUGCACGCCGACCACGACCACCCUCCGCAGCUGGGCUACGACGAGAUAAUGGCCAUUCGAAACAACGUGAAGACCAGCUGCGGCCUGGAGGUGGACAGCGAGCUGAUCCGAGACACGUGGCGCCCAGUGUACCGGCGCUUCUUCCUGCGCCGGGCGCUGGCGCGCGCCUACGACUGCCGCAAGGCGUUCUGGCUGUACCACCAGGCGGUCUCCGAGUCCGAGUGCGACUGUAACGACGUGGUGCUGUUCUGGCGCAUCCAGCAGAUGAUGCGCGCCACCGCCAACACGCUGCGACAGCAGAUCGUCAACCGGGAGGCGCGCAGACUCGAGAAGCGCGUCAAAGAGGUGCUCGAGGACUGGAGCGUGGACGAGGAGAAAAAGCGCUCGCUGCUGACUGGACGGCGCGUCUCGCUGGCCGAGGAGCUGAAACGGGUCCGCCAGGUGCAGGAGCGGCUGGAAGAGUUCAUCAACGCCCUGCAAAACGAAAAGUGACCACGCCUGGCCGCCUAGCAGCGCAGUGUUGCCGCGGUGGCCGAUCAGGGCACGGAAGUGAUAGUCCAACGACAUUGUUUGGUGAGCCGGCCCGGCUGCGGUCGGCUGUGGAGGCCGCUCUAGCGCGGGGCGGAGUACCUUCCAGUGACGCGGUUAGCAGCGGCGGUGGCUGGCCUUCGGCCGC